AUAGCGUUGAUGACCGUGACUCUGUUCCCCAUCCGGUUGUUCCUGGCAGCCUUCAUGAUGCUGCUGGCCUGGCCCUUCGCCUUCAUCGCCUCUGUGGGACGCAACGAGAUGGUGGUGGAACCCCAGUCUCUAUGGAGGAAGUUUGUGGACGUGGCUCUGAGGACCAUCAUGCGGGUCAUGUGGUUUGCAGGAGGCUUCCAUUGGAUGACGGUGAAGGGGCGCCAGGCGCUACCGGCCGAGGCCCCUAUCCUAACGCUGGGACCCCACUCCUCCUACUUCGAUGCUAUCCCCGUCACCAUGUCCAUGUCCUCCAUCGUCAUGAAGGCAGAGAGCAAGGACAUCCCUGUCUGGGGCACCCUGAUCAAGUACAUCAGACCAGUGUUUGUCUCCAGGUCAGACCAGGACUCCCGUAAGAAGACUGUUGAGGAGAUCAAACGCAGAGCCCAGUCUGGAGGAGAAUGGCCUCAGAUAAUGAUUUUCCCAGAGGGAACGUGUACCAACAGGUCGUGUCUCAUCACGUACAAACCAGGAGCGUUCAUCCCAGCGGUGCCAGUUCAGCCUGUGGUGAUAAAAUACCCCAAUAAAAUGGACACAAUCACCUGGACGUGGCAGGGGCCUGGGGCGGUUAAGAUCCUGUGGCUCACACUGUGCCAGCUGCACAAUGAGUUCAUCAUUGAGUUCCUUCCUGUCUACACUCCAUCAGAAGAGGAGAAGAACAACCCGGCACUGUUUGCUCACAACGUCAGGCACCUGAUGGCCAAGGCCCUGGACAUCCCCAUUACUGACUACUCGUUUGAAGACUGUCAACUGGCCAUGGCUGAGGGUCAACUCAGACUCCCUGUUGACACCUGCCUGCUGGAGUUCGCCAAGCUGGUCCGGAGACUGGGGUUGAAGCCCCAGAACGUGGAGAAGGUACUGCAGGAGUUUGGGAACAGAGCCAGGAAGAUGGAGGGAGAGAAGCUGGGUCUGGAAGCCUUUGCCCACUACCUUGAUGUCCCUGUGUCAGACAUGCUCAGAGACAUCUUCUCCCUCUUCAACGAGCAGGAAGACAACAUGAUAGACAUCAGAGAAUAUGUCAUCGCCUUAUCGGUUGUAUGCAGACCUGCUAAAACUCUGGAGACCAUGAAACUGGCCUUCAGGAUGUUUGAGGCGGAGGAGGACGGUGCGAUCACAGUGGCUGAGUUGGCCUGCAUCCUAAAGACGGCGUUAGGAGUGGCUGACCUCGACGUCUCACGUCUCUUCGUUGCUAUCGACACAGAGGACACGGGGAAACUCACCUUUGGCAAGUUCAGGAGCUUUGCAGAGCAUCACCCAAACUUCAGUGAGGACUACCUGUCCACAGACAAUACAGGCCGUAAUGGCUGUCCUCACCAGCCCAACGCCACGCCCAACGCCAAGCCUCAGACCAACGGCUUCUGCCCUGACUUCAGCCCGCGAGACAACCACCACGACACAACGACGGACGAUUCAGUGAAGAAACACAACUGAGUCUGUUAGUCACCUCAGAAUCCACCUCUCCUGGUGAGAGAGUGGGUGGUGGGGGUUGUUGUUAUUGUUGAUGGGCUAUAUGUAUGGUCAGUCAGACACACACACACCUCACACACACACACA